CUAGUCUCGUGAAACGUAUGUGCGAAUUCAAGUAUUGCGUAUGUAUGUCAUUUAUUUCACUGCUUCGUCCAGGUUGAAUGUAGGCGUCCAAUCAGCACCGGAUCCCCCGUAGCUCCGCCCCCGAGCGCUGUCUAUUUAUAAUAUCGCAACAGCGACUUUUUGACAGCAACUGUAGGACCAGAUGCUGCGCCGCUCGGCACCACCCUCAGACCGGCUACUUCACCGUGACCCCAAAGCCGUGAUUGUUUCAGAGACGUUUUUUUCUUGGUUCUCCGUCGCAUACCUGACAGUAAAAUAAAGAGACGAUGCCAGAAGGCGGGAGUCCGAUGCUGGGGGAAAGUGAUGCGGCGGGUCGGAAUGAGGCGCCCACCGCCGUGCUCGCGGAGGAGAGGCUGCCGGGGGACCGUGAUGAGAAGGACGAGGAGAAGGUGAACGGAGACAGCGGGGGGGCCGUGUUAGAGCAAGCGGGGGAGGUUGAGUUUGUUCACCCCGAAGGCGGCUGGGGCUGGGUAGUCAUGCUCGCGGCCAUGUGGUGCAACGGCUCGGUGUUCGGGAUCCAGAACGCCUUCGGGAUCCUCUUCCUAUCCCUCCUGCGGGAGUUCGGCUCCGAGGAGGACGAUGACCUCCGCUUCAAGACAGCAUGGGUGGGAUCCCUCUCCAUGGGGAUGAUCUUCUUCUGCUCUCCCAUCGUCAGCGUCUUCACCGACAUCCUGGGCUGCAGGAUCACGGCGGUGGGCGGCGCUGCUGUCGGCCUGGUCGGCCUGCUAGCCAGCUCCUUUGUCACGUCCCUGGGCCCCCUGUACUUCACCUACGGCAUUGUGUUCGCCUGCGGCUGCUCCUUCGCCUACCAGCCCAGUCUGGUUAUCCUAGGUCACUACUUCAAGAAGCGCCUGGGACUGGUGAACGGCAUCGUGACGGCCGGCAGCAGUGCCUUCACCAUCACGCUGCCCUUCGCGCUGUCCCACCUGCUGGACAAAGUGGGCCUCCACAACACCAUGCGCGUCCUCUGCAUCCUCAUGUUCGUGCUAAUGCUGGCCGGCCUCACCUACAAGCCCCUGAUGCCCGUCAAAUCCAGCAAUACCCCCACGGGCCGCCGGUGCCCGCCAAUUAGCAAGAUCUUCAACAUCAACAUCUGGAAGUCCUUGGGAUAUCGCAUUUGGGCAUUCGGCAUCCCAGCGGCCCUCUACGGCUACUUCGUGCCAUAUGUUCACCUGAUGAAGCAUGUGGAGGAGCGGUUUGGACAGGACGCCAGUAAAGAGGUUCUGCUCAUGUGCAUCGGCAUCACGUCCGGCGUGGGCCGUCUCAUCUUCGGCAGGGCGGCGGACUAUGUCAACGGGGUCAACAAAGUCUACCUGCAGGUGACCUCCUUCUUCGUCAUCGGCAUUAUGUCAAUGAUGAUCCCUCUGUGCCACAUCUUUGGAGGACUUAUCGCAGUGUGCUUGCUGAUGGGGCUGUUCGACGGCUGUUUUAUCAGCAUCAUGGCCCCCAUCGCCUUCGAGCUGGUCGGAGCCGAGGACGUUUCACAGGCCAUCGGCUUCCUGCUGGGCCUGAUGUCCGUGCCCAUGACCGUGGGACCGCCCAUCGCAGGUUUCCUGAGGGACCGACUGGGCAGCUACAAUGAGGCCUUCUACCUGGCGGGAAUCCCACCAAUCUUCGGAGGAGCUCUGCUCUGUCUGAUACCCUGGGUAGAGGCCAGGCGCAAGAGGAGGGAGAAGGAGGAGGCCAUAAGCAGGGACCCGGACGUCACCGAGAAGAUGAUUGAGCACGAGAAGAUGGCCGACAACGGGAAGGCCCAGGAAGCAGCUCAGAGCAGGACUAGAGAGUCCACCCUCUGAGAGCCCCGCCGACCUAAAGACACAGACUGAGACUGAGACCGCUGAGUACCGAGAUACAGCAGGAGUGAGAUUGUAACGACUGCCUUAGGACAGAAGCAAAACUUGCCAAAGCGAUGAAACAAACAAGAAACUAUGCAUCAGAUAGUUUGACUGAACUAAUCCUAACACGGGAAAACUUAGAGGUUUUAAAUGGAAACGGAGACUACUAUUUAUGUUUUCUUUGUUCUUUUGCCAAGAGGGAGAGAGGACAUGGUGUGCUCACAAUGCAGUGUAGAAGCUGCCGAUGCACGUCUAGAAAAACUUUGGGAUGGCCUUGCUAAGGGAAAGGAGUCUUUACAGUCAGUUUUCAUGUAGAAAUGAGAGUAUAUAAAUUAAUUAAAUUGAUUAUACCCAGUGUGAUGUGUGGAAUGUAACUUGACUCAAAUCCACCUGCUAAAGGUUUCUCCCUAACCUGCCAUCUUUAUUGUCGCUUAAAGCCAAAUAAGUUAGUACUGUCUAGGGGUAAUCUGUUCAUAGUAUUUAAAGAAAAGCGACGCACAGAGUGCUUUGGGGAAUUUAGAGGUCAUCAUUAGAGUUAGCCAUAAAGCUCUGGCUUCGUGGCUUGAGCCGUAGAGGCGCUCGCACACUUCAAGGGAAGCAGCUUUAUGAUUUCUUCGUUCUUGUUUAAAACUUUUUACACAUUGUCUCAAGACGAGAGCUUGAGCCUGUCCAUCGGAAUUGAGGCCUUGUAGAACAUGGCACUGAUUGUAGUGUGAUGGGCUGCUUGCAAUGGAACAAUGGAACCGUGUGCCUGAAAAUACCCUCGCCAAUGUUAAACCUGAAAGUCUUUUGAAGGAACAUUUCGACCAAUUUUGCGUUCUUGUUCACAGUUAUACGAGAAAAUCGAUACCACUGAUAAAUAAAUAAGUAAAUAUGGCUAGUUAGCUUAGCAUCACGCUGUAAACCGGUAGGCGGGCUCUAUCCAAAACUCUCUGUAAAAGCUUGCUCCUUAUAUUUUUUAUCUCAUUUGUAUGAUCUGUCCCAAAGACAUUAAUUGAAAAAAUGAUAAGCUGUAUCCUUGUUGGAUUUUGACCUAUAAAGGAACUUGCAUAUUUGUUUGUUAUAUUCAAUACAUGUAUGAAAUAUAGGAAGAGUACUGCAAAAGUCCAGAGCAUUACCAAUAUGUAAUACUACUCAGUUUGUGUAUACGUCUGCAUUGACAUCAAGCAGUAUUUUAAAGUUUUUAAAGUUGCUAUCUCAUUGUGUGACGCACAUUUACAAUGUUGAGCUUCUGGGAAGUGGGAAAAGCACAUCUUAUGCGACGUGAUAUGGUAAAGUGCCCAUGCCCAUUAGCUAAUGCGGCCGUAGGUCGUAAAAUAACCGUUGCCAUGUCAACGACCGAUCUCCUGAUGAUCUCUUAAAAGGACCAACAAUAAAAACAAAUAGUGGUGGAUGUGUAUUUCUUCACCUCUAUAGGCAUCGUACUACACAUGCAUCUUUUGACUACGUGACCAUUAGGCAGUAAAGUCAAGUUAAUAAUUCUCUCUUCCCCGGCCGUUAGCCUCUGAGGCAGGAGCUUUUUUCAUGCUUUUAAUGCUUUCAUAUUCUAUUUAUAUUUUUGCAGUUGGCAUUUGCCUGAAGCCUUAAACUGAAUUUAACAAAGACCAAAAUUGUACAAAAAUUACUGAAAGUGUGUUAAUCCUGUUUGGUUGCUGCUGCUGUUCCCCCACGGAGCUGUCAGCGCCACCUCCCUCAUAGUGCUCUCCGCCCCUCCUCUGGUGCCCUGGGCCACUCGCUACCUCUGAUGCUGGUCCCUCUUUCUACAUGACAGCAGCGUUCACGUUUGAGCGGAGUGACUCGCAACAACCCCCACCCCCCAAAAAAAGAAAAGCUAAAUAAACUCCCAAAGCUAGCCGUCCAAAGCGUUGCUCUUUAAUGAAGUGCUUACUGCUUAGAACCUUAAAUGCCCUUUAAACUUUAAAACAAAUGAGCAUUUGUAAUAUGUUUUCUCAGAGCCAUGUAUGUAUUUAAAUGUUAUGAUGGAAUCUAUUGCCUUUCAACUUAAACCCUAUCUUUAUUUUUUGUGUCACGAUGUGCAUGUAUGACGUAAGUUUGUUUUUUGACUGCUUUUCUUGUCCGCCUCAGCCUUUCUUUGUGAAUUUGCUGUUAUUGUUUCACCCCCCAUAACUGGCUCUUUUUAUUUUUGUUUUCACUUCUGUAACGUUUCAGAUAGGAAUGAAUACAUUUUUAGCAGCAUUUUUCCUUAAUUUUUGUUGUUUUAUAUGCUCUCAUAAUCUCAAAAAUGUUUUUACUAAAAGAUUACUAUAUUCUAUCUUUCCUAGUUACUGCAAGAUGUGCGGCUGAACUACAAAAUGUAAUAUUUUGUAAAAGCAAUCAGAAUUUCAGCAUUCUCCAGGAAGUAAAAAAGAAAAAAUCAA